AUGGAUGUUCUCGAUUUUAUUGGAAUGAUUCCACAAAAUUUGACUUUUUAUCUUUUGUCGAACUCUCUCGUUGUACAUCGCUGUUAAAUGUCUAAAAACAAUCAAGAUUUCACUUUGUCCUUGCUAAAAACAAUCGCUUCUGUUCCCAUUAAUAAAAAAUCCCAAUCAAACAUUCACAGGAUUAUUGAAACAGCAGAAAAGAAAAUUGGAUUGAGAGCUGAACGGACCAAACAUCUCCUGAAAAACUUGGCUAGCCGAAGGCUUAUAAAAGAAGUAAAACACAAGGGAGAGAUUAGCUAUAGAGUUCUUAAAACCAAUUUGAAUAAAUAUUUAAAUUCGGUUGGCUCAACGAUGAACGAUGUGGAAGAUGUACUGGAAGCAGGAGUCAGUGAUGAGGAACUGCCUGCUAACAAUGAUGGUGCAGUGGCCAAUGAGGCUGCGGAUCACAAUGAGGAGGGGGAAAAGAGGAUAAAACGUACCACUCGCAGAAAAGUCCUGAAGGCCGUUCGGAGUCUCUGGAAAUUAUUAAACAAGAAGCAGGCCGUCGUCAUUGUGAAGCCGAGGUCGAGAGGCAGACCACCUAAGCAGAAAAAUGAGUACAACCUUGCAAAGACAAGUCAAGUUGGUAAGCAACUGGAGGAAGGUGUGAGCUUCAAUCAAAUACAAAGCUGGUUCCUGAGGAAGUGGCCUUGUCAAGUGAACGAUGUGAAAGAGAUUGAGAUGGCGAUCAAUCUGGAAGUUGAAAGUGGACGACUCAUUCUCCUGCCAAACAACAACUACAUCCUCAAAAAUUGGAACACAACACUAAAGGACAGCAACACAAACGGUGAUGACGACGACGACGAGAAUGGGGCCACGAAUUGGGAGAGCAUAAUUGUUGAACCUGAAGGAAGAAAUAUCAGCGGCGUUGGAAACAGUUGUUUCAU